AUGAGCAGCAAUACCAAAAAAGAAUACAAUAUUACCAUAUAUUAUAAACUUGAAUUUAGCACAUAUUAUUGGACUUAUAAUCCUUAUUACGUUUUGGAGGUUUCCUAUGUUGAAAAUUCUUACACAAAGUUUUAAUCAUUAGCUUUGCAACUUGAAAAUCAAUAAUUAGAUGGGAUUUGGCAUUUGACUCUUAUAGAGUACAAUCCAUUGAAAAAAACCUUGCUCUUUAAAAGUGCAGGAAAAAUAGAUUAAAUUGAUGGCAUUUCCUUAAAAAGUGGCCUAAUUAAUUAUAUAUUAGGAGGAUUCGGAAAGGAUAGUUUUACAAAACAAUCAUAUGCCCCAUUCCAAGGACUAUUAUCAAAGUUGAUUAUUUAUAAUAAACACCAGGAAGAGAAUUUAUAUGAUUAAAUAUCUAAUGCUUGUACAAUUCCAGAAUAGGUUGUAAAAAUGAAGCAAAUAAAACUAAUUGAUGGUAUACAUAGAUUUGAUGGAACUGAUUACAUUCAUAAAGAAGCAUAGCUAAUUGAUUAACAUUAUGUUGUUAGAGGAUGGAUUAAAAUAGAUUUUAGUAAGAUUUUUAUAUCUGCUUAAAUGUAGAUAUUAAGAAUGACAAUUAAUAAGUAAUAUUAAAAUGGAAACGGAAAUAACGGAGAUAAAACUUUAUUUCUAAGAUACAAUAUUAAUUUAAAUACUUAGAAUUUAAAUUCUAUUCUAAUCUAGACUUAUCAUUAUCAAUAUCCAUAGAAGUUUGAAUAUGAUGGUUCAUUUUUAAACUCCGACAAAUACAUGCUUACCACUAAUACCCUACUAUCUGAUAUUUAAAAAUGGCACUAUUUUACUUUCGAAUAAGGUAGAAGUCUUAAUAGCGAAAGAACAUAGUUUAAACUAUGGUUUGAUUUUCAUAGCGAAUCUAUAACUCAUAAUUUUUCUGGCUAAGUAAGAAAUUAGUUUUCAAACACAUUAAUAUAUUUUUACAUUGGGGGAGAUAAGUUUACCCCAUCCCCAUAUUUCUAAGGACAAUUAGCUAAUAUAGAGUUCUUGACUGGAUUUAAAGAAGACUUUAACCUAAAAGAUUAUAAAUAUUGUCAUUAUUCUUGCCAAUUAUGUGAUGGGCCUGAAUCUAAUUAAUGUACUAGUUGUUCUGUAUUUUCAAAGCGAUAAUUUUUAAGCGAAACUAAAGAGUGCAAAUGUCAAAAUAAUGAGCUUGAUAUUACUAAUAGUGAAAUUUGUUUUAAUUAAUUUUAGUCAUUCCCAGAAAUUACAAUUUCAUAAAUAAACACUAAUUCUUUUUAUUAUUGUGAUUUUGGAUAUUUUUUAAUAAAGGAUAACAAUGAUAGAAUUUGUAAAUAAUGUCCUUUUUAUGGUUAAAUUAUAGAAAUUCAAAAAUAGAAGUAGACUCAAUAUUACUGUCUUGAUUGUUAUAUAAAACCAAUGACUUGGUACCUAAAACCAGUAUGUACAACGGAUAUGAUUCGUAAUUAACUAAAAGCUGAUUCUGCAUAUUAGUAGAUUGAUAGAGAUGUCAUAGAUUAUGAUGCUUUUAUUAUAAAUGAAAUAUAUGAACUAGAACUUCAAAUAGGUGUUCAAAACUUUUUAAGCAAUUAAGAAUAAAGUAAUAGCGCCAAUAUCAGCGCUAUUCAUUUAGGAUAUUAAGUGUACUUAUAAUGUAAGUCUACUUUUAUUUUGGUUGACAACGAAUGCAAAAGAUGCCCUGAUAAUUGCCUAAUUUGUGAUGACAACUCAGUCUGUAGUUAAUGUCACAAGGACUUUUAUUUAUCAAAUAAUUAAUGUGUAAUGUGCCCUUCUAUUUGCGAUGAAUGUUUUCAAGAUGAAGUUAGUUAAGUUGCAAUUUGUAAAAAGUGUAGGAGUCCUUUUAAUUAUGUUGAUAAAACAUGCAGAAUAUGUGGCUAAAAUUGUGAAAAAUGUAUUGAAGAUUACGAUUUGAAGACUCAACAAUAUUUUCUUAGAUGUUUGAAAUGUUAAGAUGAUAGCAUAUAUUUUAUUUCAAAUGAUGCUUAAAAUUGUGAGAUUAACAGUAUCGAAAAUUGCCAAUAUGCUGUCAAAUUAAGGUUAUUAGAAGAUCAGAAGCCAACAUUCAGUACUUUGGAUUACUAUUUUCAGCCAUCUUAUGAUUCUAUAGAAAUUAAAUGCGCAAGAUGCAAAGAAAAAUAUUUAUAUUACUAUUAUUCUAAUACAUGUGAAAUUGAUAGUUAUUAUGGAGAAGAUUGUCAAUAUAGAGUUUCUUGGUAUAUGACUUAUUGCAUUGUAGGGAAGAAUAUAUUAUAUGAAAGAACAAGCGAGUGUUAAAAUGAAAUUGCAUUUUGUACUAACUGCUUAUAUAAUAAAUUUAAAGAAAAAUACGAAUGCUAUUAAUGCGAACAAGGGUAUUAUGCUAGUAGAAUAUUUGGGAAUUGUCAAAUUUGUCCUUCUGAACUUCAUUGCAAGACUUGUUAUCAAUAAGAUAAGAUAUCUCAAGAUAAUUGGAAAUAAUAAGUAAGAUCAUUUUAUUAUGCUGCAAUCUAAUCCUAUGAUAUGAGUCACGAUUUUACUGAAUUUAGCUAAAGUUCAGAAAUACAGGAUUUUGAAAUAGUUUGUCUUGAUUGUGUUCAAGGAUUUGACCUUUAAAAUAAAUAAUGCAUACCUUAAUGUCCAACUCUUUGUUUGGAAUGUGUAAGAUCAAAUGGUCAAAAUAUAUGUAUUAGAUGUCCUUUGGAAGUGAAUUAAAGAAUCAUUAGUUUAUAUAAUAACUAAUGCAUUCGAUGUCCUCCUAAUUGUAAUUUAUGUAGAAAAAGAGAUUAAGCAGAAAUUUUCUUAAUUAAUCCAAUAUUUUAAAAUUCUAAUUAUUGGGAUUAUAGUAAUUAAUGUUUGGGGUUUAAUUCAGAUUCCAAUUUAUAUUAUAAUUCAUUUUUUGGAUUAGUUUUUUAAUAAAUUGAUAUUGAUACCAAAUAGGAAAAUUAAGUUACUCUUGAACUAAAUUUGAUAUGUUCUGAAAUUGUUUAUCAGAAUCUAACUUUUCACUUAAAUGAUUCAUAAAAAACUUUAUUUAAUCAAACACAUGUGUUUAUUGAUGAUCUUUAAUUUUUUGCUCAAUUUAAUAGAGAAUCAUUUUACAAGUUAGCGAAUGACUUAUAAAUCACAUCAUUAGUUAUAAAAAUUAUAAGUGAUAUUGAGUAAGAAUGUUUGUUUUUUGGAGAUUUCUUGAUCUCGUAAAUAUUUAGCAGAAGUAUUUUUCCAUUGAUUUAAUCUAUCGAUAAUAAGUACCUAAACUACUAAAUUCUUUGUUGA